AUGCUCGGCAUGUGGGAGACGGACGAUUGCAGGCUUGCCAGCAGGACGUUCUUGCUUGUUUCCUUGGACCCCCGUGUCCAUGACGCCAGCCAGCCUCGUCUUGCGAUGUUGCAGGAGACUUGCCAGUUCCCCUUUGCACGUGUCGCGCACCAGGAGAUUAGCAUCGCGGAUUGGCGAGAUGUCGCUGGCCGCUUCGUCAUCGCGCUGGCGGGCUGUUGCGAUGAGGAGGAUGAGCAGGAUUCCGACCGUUGCCAGCGAGAGCCGAGGGUGGACUUGGCCGCCUGGCAGGGCGUGGGCUGCGGCUUAGCCCGCGCCAUCGCAGCGUGCGAGCCAGACGAGUAG